AUGGUCAAAGGUUUGAAUGAACCGGGAUUUCCACCGAAGAGGAGGCCUUUGAUGCGCCCCCAACGGUCUGAUUUCACUGCCAAUAGUUCGACAACUGUAAAUGCUAAUGCAAACACAAGGGGACGUGGUAGGCAGAAACAAGAGAGUGGUAAGGGCAGCUCGAGAUCACCGUCACUACACUCUCCAAAAUCAUGGAUAAGAAGCGCGUCUGCUACGGGGAUUCUUGGGCUAAGGCGUCCGGAGCUGGCACAUUCUCAUUCACAGGCUCCUUCCUCAGCUGCACCUGCUGGAGGUAACCGUUCCCCUUUGAGAAGAUCUACUGAAAAUGCGACUCCCGUCGAGACCGGGAGGUCCUGGACGGACGGAGAUAUCAACAACGUUGUGGAUGUACUGCCCUCAUUUGAGAUGUACAACGCCCUGCAUAGGCACAUUCCACAGGGGAAUGUCGAUCCAGAUAGGCACGAUUUCCCGCCUUCAUACCAAGAGGCCAAUAAUUCUACUGCAAAGGGUGCUGUGGGCUCGAGCACUGACCUUUCGCAUCAAUCAUUGUCCACUGACGCAUUGGGUGCCACGCGUUCUUCGUCAACAUCGAAUUUAGAAAAUUUAAUUCCCCUACGAACUGAACAUCACAGUAUUGCGGCGCAUCAGCCGACUGUUGUUGAUGAAGACUCAUUGGAGGUGCCUCCCAUACUUGAUGAUUUGAAUGACACAGACAAUAUUUUCAUUGACAAGUUGUACACUUUACCGAAAAUGUCCACGCCCAUUGAAAUCACCAUCAAGACCACGAAGCAUGCACCUAUGCCACACGUGAAACCGGAGGAGGAAUCUAUUUUGAAAGAGUAUACGUCGGGCGAUUUGAUUCAUGGUUUCAUCACUAUUGAAAACAAGUCUCAAGCAAACUUAAAAUUUGAAAUGUUUUAUGUCACUUUGGAAUCUUACAUCUCCAUCAUUGAUAAAGUUAAGAGUAAAAGAACGAUUAAACGAUUUUUAAGGAUGGUAGAUUUAAGUGCCUCUUGGUCGUACUCGAAAAUAGCACUGGGGUCCGGUGUGGACUUCAUUCCUGCAGAUGUUGAUUACGAUGAUUCUGUAUUCGGGCUAAACAAUAGCCGGGUUCUGGAACCCGGUGUCAAGUACAAGAAAUUCUUCAUCUUCAAAUUGCCAUUGCAAUUGCUGGAUGUCACUUGUAAACAGGAGCAUUUCUCUCAUUGUUUGCUGCCUCCCAGUUUUGGUAUUGAUAAAUAUAGGAAUAAUUGCAAGUACUCCGGUGUCAAAGUCAACAGCGUCCUUGGGUGCGGUCAUUUAGGUACAAAGGGCUCCCCCAUCUUGACUAACGAUAUGUCUGAUGAUAACCUUUCAAUCAACUACACUAUUGACGCAAGGAUUGUUGGCAAAGACCAAAAGACUUCUAAAUUGUAUAUUAUGAAGGAGAGAGAAUAUAAUUUAAGAGUUAUUCCCUUUGGAUUUGAUGCCAAUGUCGUCGGGGAGAGAACUACCAUGAGUCAACUGAAUGACUUCACCAAAUUAGUGCAGGAAAGAUUGGAUGCCCUUAGAAAAAUCUUUCAAAGAUUAGAGAAGAAAGAACCUAUAACGAACCGUGACAUUCACGGUUCAGACUUAAGUGGUACCAUUGAUGACUCUAUGGAAUCAGAUUCUCAAGAAAUAUUGCAGAGGAAAUUGGAUCAACUGCAUAUUAAGAAUAGAAAUGACUAUUUGGUCAACUAUAACGACUUGAAGUUAGGUCAUGAUAUGGACAAUAUUCGAAGUGGAAGCAGUGGCCAUAAUAUUGAUACUUCUAGAGCUUGGGGUCCCUUUGUUGAAAGCGAACUAAAAUAUAAACUGAAAAACAAAUCUAAUUCUUCAUCAUUUCUGAACUUCUCUCAUUUUUUAAACGGCAGUUCCAGCUCAACGUCCACUUCUUCAAAUGCAGCAAAGAAUAAUCAUGAUCCAACAGGUAAUAAAGAAAGAACUGGGUUAAUACUAGUAAAAGCUAAAAUCCCGAAACAGGGCUUACCAUACUGGGCUCCCUCAUUAUUGAGGAAGACCAAUGUUUUCGAAUCCAAAAGUAAGCAUGAUCAAGAAAAUUGGGUGAGGCUUUCUGAGUUGAUCCCGGAUGACGUAAAAAAACCAUUAGAAAAGAUUGAUUUACAAUUAACUUGUAUAGAAUCUGAUAAUAGCUUACCUCAUGAUCCACCAGAAAUUCAAUCGAUUACCACAGAACUGAUAUGUAUAACAGCCAAAUCUGAUAAUUCCAUCCCAAUAAAACUCAAUUCUGAACUAUUGAUGAACAAAGAAAAGCUAACAAGCAUCAAAGCUUUGUAUGACGAAUUUCACUCAAAAAUUUGUGAAUACGAAACCAAUUUCAAUAAGAAUUUUCUUGAAUUAAAUGAGUUAUACAAUAUGAAUAGGGGAGACCGUAGGCCAAAGGAACUGAAAUUUACAGAUUUCAUUACAUCACAGCUGUUUAAUGAUAUUGAAAGUAUUUGUAAUCUGAAGGUUAGUGUUCACAACUUAUCCAACAUUUUUAAAAAACAGGUUAGUACGUUAAAGCAACACCCAAAGCACACAUUAUCUGAGGAUUCAAUAUCGCACACAGGUAAUGGUAAUUCAUCGUCACCCAAUUCAGCAUCAUUGACGCCAGUAACAUCUUCAUCCAAGAGUAGUUUAUUUUUACCAAGCAGCAGCUCAUCCACUUCCCUGAAGUUUACAGAUCAGAUUGUCCAUAAAUGGGUUAGGAUCGCUCCUUUACAGUACAAACGAGACAUUAAUGUGAACUUGGAAUUUAACAAGGACAUCAAAGAAACUUUAAUUCCAAGUUUUGAAAGUUGCCUAUGUUGUAGAUUUUAUUGUGUUCGAGUAAUGAUUAAAUUUGAAAACCAUCUUGGCGUAGCGAAGAUUGAUAUCCCCAUUUCUGUUAGGCAAGUGACAAAAUAA